GGCCAACGGGAAGGAGCCGCUGGACGCUGCCGGGGAUGGCGCUGAAGCCAUGGAUGCCCAGGGCGGCUCCGGGGACGAGGAGAACGCGCGGCAGCUGGGCGAGAUCGAGCUGCAGUGUGGCAUCUGCACCAAGUGGUUCACGGCUGACACCUUCGGCAUCGACACCACGUCGUGUCUGCCCUUCAUGACCAACUACAGCUUCCACUGCAACGUGUGCCACCACAGUGGGAACACCUAUUUCCUGAGGAAACAAGCCAAUCUGAAGGAAAUGUGCCUUAGUGCUCUGGCCAACCUGACGUGGCAGUCAAGGACCCAGGAUGAGCACCCCAAAACAAUGUUCUCCAAGGAUAAGGACAUUAUCCCCUUUAUUGAUAAAUACUGGGAGUGUAUGACAACACGACAGAGGCCUGGCAAAAUGACUUGGCCCAAUAAUAUUGUCAAAACCAUGUGUAAAGAAAGAGAUGUGUUCCUGGUGAAAGAGCAUCCAGACCCAGGCAGCAAAGACCCAGAGGAAGAUUAUCCCAAAUUUGGGCUUCUAGACCAGGAUCUUGCCAAUAUUGGUCCAGCCUAUGACAACCAGAAACAGAACAAUGCUGUGUCCACGAGUGGAAGCUUAAAUGGUGGAGCCUCUCUGGGAGGGGGAAUGGCUGCAGGGGGCAGCGGCAAGGGCAGAGGGGCCAAGCGCAAACAGCAGGACGGGGGCACCACGGGCACGGCCAAGAAAACACGGAGUGACCCGCUGUUCGCAGCCCAGCGCCUGCCCCCCCACGGGUACCCUCUGGAGCACCCCUUCAACAAGGACGGCUAUCGCUACAUCCUGGCCGAGCCUGACCCCCACGCCCCCGACCCUGAGAAGCUGGAGCUGGACUGUUGGGCAGGAAAACCAAUUCCUGGGGACCUGUACAGAGCCUGCCUGUAUGAGAGAGUCCUCCUGGCACUGCAUGACCGAGCUCCCCAGCUGAAGAUCUCUGAUGACAGGCUGACUGUGGUUGGGGAGAAGGGCUAUUCCAUGGUGAGGGCCUCGCACGGCGUGCGGAAAGGAGCCUGGUACUUCGAGAUCUCCAUGGAUGAGAUGCCUCCAGACACAGCUGCCAGAUUAGGCUGGUCACAGCCCUUGGGGAACCUCCAGGCCCCUCUGGGAUACGACAAGUUCAGCUACUCCUGGCGCAGCAAAAAGGGAACCAAGUUUCACCAGUCCAUAGGGAAACAUUAUUCCUCUGGCUACGGACAGGGAGAUGUCCUGGGGUUUUAUAUCAACCUUCCAGAGGAUACUGAGACAGCCAAAUCCCUGCCUGACACCUACAAAGACAAGGCUUUGAUCAAGUUCAAAAGCUACUUGUACUUUGAAGAGAAGGAUUUUGUGGACAAAGCAGAGAAGAGCUUAAAGCAAGCCCCUGGAAGCCAGAUCAUAUUCUUCAAGAAUGGUGUCAACCAAGGAGUUGCCUUCAAGGACAUCUUUGAGGGGGUUUAUUUUCCUGCUAUCUCUCUGUACAAAGGCUGCACGGUUUCCAUAAACUUUGGGCCAUAUUUCAAGUAUCCACCAAGAGACAUCACUUACCAUCCUAUGAGUGACAUGGGCUGGGGGGCCGUGGUGGAGCACACGCUGGCAGAUGUCCUGUACCAUGUGGAGACAGAGGUGGAUGGCAGGAGGAGCCCUCCCUGGGAGCCCUAAACCCCAGCACUGUGGCUUUGCUGCAGAGGAAGCUCCAUCUGUGUCUCAGAGAUCAGCCAAGGAGCCAACAGGCCGAGGGGGAUGCAGCCCUGGCUGGCAGGUGUGUGUGUGUGUGUGUGUGUGUGUGUGUGUGUGUGUGUGUGUGUGUGUGUGUUCACAGCUCCCCACUGCCCCAGGAGGGUGUUUGUGCUGCUGGGGGUGUUGAAGAACCCUCUCCCAGGCUGUGACAGCUCGAGCCCUGCCAGCUGUGGCUGCAGUGACCCCUGGGCUCAGGUGUGUUUGGCUGAUGGUGGCCAACAGCUCCCAGCCAGGAUGGCUCUGUUGGAACAACAUGGCUGCAUGCAAGACUGAAAUUUGGGCUUCUGUCCAAACUGUAUUUUUUUUUUCCCCACAGACUGGAAACCAGUUUAAAAAUAAAGGCUUUAACUCUUCUUUUUA